UUUCGGUUUAGGGCGUGGCCUGGAUUCACCUCAGCGCGAGGAGCGCCGGAAUCCGAGUGGGCGUGGCUGCGCGCGCAAUACGUCGACCCGUUAUUCACCUGAGCCGUCGGGUAUAUAAAGUCCAAGACAUGCCGGGGAAACGGUCAACUCCAGUCGGACUGCAGCUUCAUCAUCGUCAUCCUCCUCCUUCUCAUCAGCAUCACUGGCAUCUUGUCCAAGCACGCGGCUGAAUUCCUUUUUCCUAGAGCCAUGCGCGUGCACAAGGAUGAAUCACGCAACCUCUUGUUUUUGUUGUGCUUUUUGAUGAAGACCAGUGCUGCUAUAAAGAACGACGCUACGGAGAUUGUGUAUCCCCACAUGGCGGAGGAUCCCAGAGAAGAACCCGCGGAUGAAGCGGCUCUGAAUCGCGCGCGCGGUGGAGGCAGGGGGUCCGAGAGCGCGGCGCGGGAUCGAGCCGAUCCAGGUCCAAUGGGCUGCAGAGAACUGCGCUCCACGAAGUACAUCUCGGACGGCCAGUGCACCAGCAUCAAUCCCAUUAAAGAGCUGGUGUGUGCAGGAGAGUGCCUCGCUGCCCAAGUGCUCCCCAACUGGAUAGGAGGAUAUGGUAAAAAGCCGAGGAGCCGACGGGGCAGCCAGGACUGGCGCUGCGUUAAUGACAAGACCCGCACCGAACGCAUUCAGCUGCAGUGCCAGGAUGGCAGCACCAGGACCUACAAGAUCACAGUGGUGACUGGCUGCAAGUGCAAACGUUACCUGAAACAGCACAAUGAAUCAGCAAACAAGUCUGAGAGCAUCACUCAACGUCAGCAGAUCCACAAGCCCAAAAGCAAGCGGAAGCACCGGAAUAGCAAGGUGAACGGGAAUUGGCAUGAGUCGGAGUCCUGAGGCUCUGAAUGAAUAUUUUAAAAAUAAAGACUCUGGACUACCUAUGAAAAAAGGACCGCAGAGAGCUCAGGAGCAGCGGACAAUGAUUAUAAGGAUAAAAAGGUUGAAUGGAAAUUGAUGGCUAUUCCAGAUGAAAUGGCUUCAGACCAAACUCAGCCUUCAGCAAAGUGCCACACAAUCACUGCUCGUGCUCCCUAUACAAUCCAUAACGACUUUAUGCCAGAGAUUGGCAUUUCAGUAUAUCGAAAAUAUCACCUGACCAUGACCAUCUCUCUGUGAGAAAUCAUAUCACUGGCUGCAAUAUGCAUCAAAAGCCAGAUGACUCUGAAUAUCUCAUGUUUGAGAACAAUAUAGCUGUGUAAAUAAACUAAAUACAGUCUCUGUGUGUAAAUAUAUUGCAUUUACAUAUGUAACUGCAAGAUAUUUAGUUAUUGUUAGCAAGUAUACACUGAUGUAAUAUAUUCUGUAUUGAUGUUCUCAUCAUGUGGUUCAUCUAAUCCUUCAUAUACUUGUAAUUUUAUGCAGGCAUUAUAUUGCACUAUUUCAUAUGAUGGCAAUUUCACUGUUUUGACGAAAAAGUAUUAAAUGGUCAUAAUUUCGAAACA